AUGGAGCUGCGAAAAGUCUUUUCUGCCUUAUUCAUCAAAUCCGAGGACUCUCCAGCACGCUCGCGGGAUGCCACCCUGUAUCUGAUGCGAUGCAUCUUUCUUAUGGGUGUACGAAAACCUCCCGGAAAAUUCUUCGUGGUAUACGUCCUCUGGUCCUUCGCCCUAAACUUCUGCUCCACGUUUUACCAGCCCAUUGGCUUCCUCACGGGCUACAUAAGCCAUCUUUCCGAGUUCUCACCGGGGGAGUUUCUUACAUCGCUGCAGGUAGCCUUUAACGCUUGGUCCUGUUCCACCAAGGUGCUAAUUGUGUGGGCGCUUGUGAAUCGUUUUGAUGAGGCUAAUGACAUCCUCGACCAGAUGGAUAAGCGCAUCUCACAGCCGGGCGACCGAAUGCACGUUCACCGCGCUGUUAUGCUUAGCAAUCGCAUAUUUUUUUUUUUUAUGACAGUCUACAUGGUUUAUGCCACGAAUACAUUCCUCUCGGCGAUCUUCAUUGGAAGACCUCCCUACCAAAACUACUACCCCUAUUUGGACUGGCGUUCAAGUUCGCUGCACUUGGCUCUGCAGGCCGGUUUAGAAUACUUCGCAAUGGCUGGAGCAUGCUUCCAGGACGUCUGUGUUGAUUGCUACCCCGUGAACUUCGUUCUCGUACUGCGCGCCCAUAUGUUUAUAUUUGCGGAGCGCCUUCGACGUCUAGGCACUGAUCCCUUCGAGAGUCAAGACCAGCGCUACAAGCGUCUAGUUGAGUGCAUACAAGAUCACAAGGUCAUACUUCAAUUUUUGGACUGUUUUAUAUUCCCUUUAAUCGAGAUUUCCACUAGCCCAAAUUAA